CACACACACGAUUUGGCUGCUUGCCUCAGGGGAUUGAAGAGUCCAGACCUGUCAGACGAACACUUUUGCAUUCUGGCAGCUGCAACGUUAGUUAAUAAUAAAAAGGUAGAAUGGUUGGAUUGGAGUUGAACCACUCAAAUCAAGGGAUCAAGUCUAAGUGAAAUUUUAUUGAUUCUAUUGGCAGCGAGAUCCUCGCAGACAACCUUCGGCGUUAUCUAGAGACCAUUGCCCUCUGGAAGAUCUUCAGAGCACGCGAUUCCUGUGACGUACAACUGCUCACUACUAAAGUCCUCCUGUGGGAAUUUUUUUCCCGAAGUUUGAGCAUCCAGAGAAUUACUGAAGGUAGAAAGGAUCAUCAAGAUCCCCAAGUCUAACCCUCAAAGCUUCUGAGUGAUCGACACAUGAAAAUAACAACAGAACUUGACCUUCUGACAUUUCCAACAGCAAGCUCAGAAACACCAUCAAGAUAAAUCUGAAGAGGUUUCCCAAGAAUUUAAGUUUAGAUCAACACCAUGGAUGGAAAAACAGCUUCCCAGCAAGCAAAAGAAAAUCCAUUUGACCUGGAUAAGACCUUUGGAUCACAUCCUGUGAAAGUGCCACCUCUCUCUAUUUCCAAAUUAAAGAUAUUUCUUGGAGCACUGGCAUUUUCUUUUUUUGCCAAAGCUUUUUCAGGAAGCUACAUGAAGAGCAUGAUGACUCAAAUCGAGCGGAGAUUUGAGAUCUCAUCGUCUGUGGUUGGCUUGAUUGAUGGAAGCUUCGAGAUAGGAAACUUAUUGGUAAUGGUUCUGGUGAGUUAUCUUGGACCACGGGUUCACCGCCCAAAGGUGAUUGCAACAGGUUCUCUAAUUAUGACCUUGGGAUCCUUCCUAUCGGUGAUGCCACAUUUCAUCAUGGGACAUUACAAUUACAAAAGUAUCACAGUUUCCUUGGCCAAUUCAUCUACAAGUGUUUCAGCCUGUGUGCCAGGAUCUUCCCAACAUUACACUCUUGCCGAAACAUCCCACAAUGCAACUAUGGUUGGAUGUGAAAAAAUGGCAAGUUCCUACUUGUGGAUCUUUGUGCUUGCUGGGAACCUUCUACGUGGAAUUGGAGAAGCCCCUAUCAUGCCCCUGGGGAUGUCUUACAUUGAUGAUUUUGCCACAGAAGAAAACUCUGCCUUUUACAUAGGAACUGUACGGUCUGCAGGGAUGUUUGGGCCGUCUCUUGGCUUCCUGCUUGGAGCUUUUUGUGCCAGUUUGUGGGUUGACAUUGGAGCAGUAAACCCAGAUACACUGACCAUCAAUUCCAAAGACACACGUUGGGUUGGUGCUUGGUGGCUUGGGAUAUUGAUCUGUGGUGCCACCAGUUUUAUGUCAUCUCUUCCUUUCUGGUUCCUGCCUUACUCUUUGCCACAAGAAGGAGAACAAGUUGUUAAGAAGUCAAUGGAAGUUUAUGGAAUCGCUCAAGUCGGCCAGAACAAACUGGAAGCUCCGAGACCCCCACAGCUAAAGGUUUCAGAAGUGGCAAAAGAUUUCUUUCCUACUUUGAAGAAGCUGUUUGGAAACCCCAUCUUCCUGAUCUAUUUGCUCCUUACAGUCCUCCAAUACAAUUCUCUGGUUGGCAUUAUAACCUUUGAAUCAAAGUUUAUGGAGCAGCAGUUCAACAUCUCCGUUUCAAGAGCCAUUUUUCUUAUUGGUGUGAUCGUCUUACCUAUUACCAUUGUGGGGAUGUUCCUGGGAGGUUUUAUCAUCAAGAGGUUCAAACUGCACAUUGCAGCCAUGGCGAAGUUUGCCUGUAUCACCUUUCUGACAGGCUUCCUGUUAAACCUGUUUUAUUUUGGUGCCAGUUGCCAAGUGCUUCAAGUGGCUGGUUUGACUGUCAACUAUUCUGGCGUCCCAGAAGUGUCCUUCUCCAAAGAGAAGCCGUUAUCUGUCUGCAACUCUAACUGUGGCUGUGAAGCGACCCUCUGGGACCCAGUUUGUGGAGACAACGGUAUCACCUACAUGAACCCUUGCUUAGCUGGCUGCAAAACUUCUGCGGGACAUGGAAAGGAUUUGGUAUAUCAAAAUUGCAGCUGUCCAGGAAUUUCAGGAGCUGGUAAUUUUUCUGCAGUUUUGGGUCAAUGUCCAAGGGAUAAGUGUACAAGAGAAUUCCCUUACUUUUUAGUGUUGUUGUCCAUACUUGCAUUUAUCUUCUCUUUGGGAGGAACGCCAGCGUAUAUGCUUAUGUUUAGAUCGGUUUCACCAGAUUUGAAAUCUUUUGCAGUGGGCAUUGAAGCUUUAUGUGGAAGAGUCCUUGGAGGGCUUCCUGCACCAAUUUACUUUGGAGCUUUGAUUGAUCAGACCUGCUUGAAAUGGAGUAGAAAAACUUGUGGUGGCUCUGGGGCUUGCAGAGUGUAUGAUACCAAAGCAUUCAGAAAUGUCUACCUUGGGGUCAUUACUGCACUAAGAUUUGGAAGCGUCUUCCUUUAUAUCAUCCUUUGCACUUUAAUCAUAAAACGUUGCAGGCAAGGCAAUCAAAUGAUGAAGGACAUCAAAACUGGCGAAGUGCCUGACAUCAAGUUGUCCAAUAUCAGUCCAAAGACAGAAGUGUCCUCUCCCAAGGAGAUGCAAGUCACCGGAAAUACUCCUUUUUGAAAAUUAUCUUGGAUGCUCAUGCAGACGUGGCUGCAAAUUAUGGACUCCUCAUGAGCAAACUGUGGAGCUCCUAACCAUGCUAUUCCUUGGCCAAGCCAAAGCUCUGCCAGUCACUGGGGUUAGACAUUGACAUUAGCAUCAAAUGUCACUGAAGAAAGAAGAACCUGGAACUCAGUCUAAGUUCAAGAAAGUCUUAGAUCCUGAGGAAGAUAUCUGAGGAGUUCCCAUUAACUGAGACUGUGAUAUGACUCCUUGGGUGAAACAUGGUGGUCCUGAGAAUUCAUAAACAAUUGUGCAGUGCCAUGUCAAGUCUGGUACAAGGACAUGGAAGUAGGAAAAGGAAGGUGUGGUUUUGGAGUGCAAAAUGUUGCAUCAUAAUGAAGCCAUGGAGGAGGUACUUUUCUUGAUUUAAACAACUUCUCCUUGUCCUUCUUCAGUGCUAAAUUUCCAAGAAACUCUUCCCUUCUGAAAAUUUUCCUUCCUGUCUGGUUUGGGAUCUCUACAGCAGGGGUGUCUAACCUUGGCAACUUUAAGACCUGUGGACUUCAACUCCCAGAAUUCCCCGUGCCGGCUGAGGAAUUCUGGGAGUUGGUCCACAGGUAUUUAAGUUGCCAAGGUUGGACACCUUUGCUCUACCCAAAGUUUACACAAGUAAGGUCCAUUGGCUAAUUUAGUUCCUCAAAACAAUCUCUAUGCAAAUUACUGGCUAUUACAGUGUGGAAAUGGCUAGUGUAUAUGAUUAACAAGUUGUGAAGAUGCCACAACAGCAGAUGACGCUAAAAAUCAAUGGUGCGUUUCAAAAAAAUUUUUACCACUGGUUUGGUGGGCAUGGCUUAGUAGUGCACACACUUUGUGUGUGUGCGCGUGCCAAAAAUGCACUUUGUGCAGGCGCAGAGGCAUUUUGACUCACCUCCCUGUGUCUUCAGCAGCUGACGCGUGUCAAUCUGAUGUGCCGCAGUUCGGUCUCCACAGCUCAUCGGCACUACCGGCUCAGCAGAACCAGUCCAAAAUGGUAGAAUACCACCACUGCUAAAAAGCAUAUCUUUCUUUCAAGAGAUAAUAACUGCUACAUCCAGCACAUAACCUUGGUUAAAUGACCUCUGGUUUCCUAAGUUAAAUCAAUAUUCAAAGUUUGUUUGUUUGACUGAACUGUGCACUAAAUUUUCCAGAUUGGCCAGAUCCAUACAACAAAAUAAGCCAUAAAUUAACCAAAUAUAUUUUGGACUAGAGCACUGUGAAAACACAGGCUUGAAAAGACACAUUCUAACAUUUUUUGUUUCUAUCACUUCAUUGUUUAGCCAUUUAAUGACUUUACAGCUGUUUUUAUCUUUUUCAGUUAAUAACUUAGAGAGACUUCAGCUGUAUUUCCACAACACACUGAACCACAGUUUACAAAGCAGUUUAAUUUCAGUUUGUCCUGUAGAAAUGAUUGUGUAAAUUAUAAACUAAUCUCCCAUUGUUAAUUUAUAAUUUGGUUUUCACAAAAUAGUUUUCACACAAUAGCUUGUGAUUUUCACACAGUGGUUUAUGGUUCAUGUGAACCCGGCCAUAGAGAGAAGGAAGAUUUGGGGAAACUAUACUGGAGGUGGG